AUGAGUCAAAUUAUUGUACCAUUAAAAUGCACCUCACAAAAUUAUGAAUGGGGUAAAUUUGGAACCAACAGUACAGUAGCACAAUUAUUAAAAGGAUAUGCAAAAGAAUGCAGUAAUAUUAUAGACGAUAAUAAAACAUAUGCAGAAUUAUGGAUGGGAUCACACCCAAGUGCUCCUUCUAAGGUUGUGUGCAAUAACAGUCAAAAUCAACAAGAAGAAAUUAACCUUAACGAUUAUAUCGAAAGAGAACAAAAACUAAACCACUCAUCAUGCAUCAGAGGUGAAAUAGUAGAGAAGAGAUUUGGUAAAGACUUCCCAUUCCUUUUUAAAGUUUUAUCAAUUAGAACAGCCCUCUCUAUUCAAGCACAUCCAGAUUCACAAUUAGCUCAAGUUUUAUUCAAAAAAUUCCCAAAUAUUUAUAAAGAUCCAUAUCACAAACCUGAAAUUGCAGUUGCAACCACUCCAUUUGAAGCAUUAUGUGGUUUUAGACCAUUAAAUGAAAUUCAAAACUUUAUUGAAACAAUACCAGAAUUAAAUAGAUCAUUACCAAAUUUAAAUAAAUUAGAUGAUUGUAAAGAGUAUUUAAAAUCAAUUGUAACAAUAUUAUUAAAAGCAGAUAGUGAGUUAAUCAAAAACAAUUUACAUCAUUUAAAAGAAAGAUUGUCAAAAUUAGACAACCCAAGUGACUUGGAUAGAUUAGUAUUAAAAUUAUAUAGCCAAUACCCUGGAGAUGUUGGUGUUUUCUUUGCUUAUAUUUUAAAUUAUCUUAUAUUAAAACCUGGACAAGCAAUGUUUUUAGCAGCAGGUGAACCACAUGCCUAUAUCAGUGGAGAUUGUAUCGAAUGCAUGGCACCAUCAGAUAACGUAGUAAGAGCAGGUUUAACCCCAAAAUUAAAAGAUGUUGAUACUCUUGCAGAAAUGUUAACUUAUUCAACUGGUAAACCAGGUUUAGUCGAUCCAAUUACCAACCCAUCCAUUUCAUCUGAAAACUAUCUUUCAUAUGUUCCACCUGUUGACGAGUUCCAAGUAGAUUAUUACCACCUCACAAGCAAAUGCCCCAAAUUAAAAGCAAAUCUCAGUAAAGGUCCUUCAAUCGCUUUAGUACUCUCAGGUAAAGUUUCAUUCGAAAAUCAAAGUAAACCACAAUCAAAUCUUUCAGACCUUCAUACUGGUUCAGUUUUAUUUAUACCCUCAAAUACUGAAUUACAAUUCUCUCAAAAUGAUUCCAAUAUACCAGUUUCAAUUUUUAUUGCAACUGUUAAUAAUAAAAUUUUCAAUAAAAAUAAUUUAUAA